AUGUCGUGCAGAAUAUUUGUAAAGAUUCUCAUUUCAGUAAGACUCAUCCAUUUGACAUCAGCUGAAGAAUAUUGCAACUCGGAAUCCUUUAAACCUCGCUGCCAGCCAAACGAAAUAAUUCAAAUCCAGGAAUCCAUUUACGGACGUCGAAAUGUCGGUAGAUGCAUAAAACAAGAAGGGAAUUUGAUCGAAAGUUUGCUAGAGAAUUCUGGUUUCAUUGGAUGCUACACGGACGUAGGCUACCUCAUUGAACCUUUGUGCUCUGGAAGGGUUGAAUGUGACGUAUUGGUGGCUACUGUCGACGCUUCAACACCUUGCCAUCGUUCCUUUAUGAGAUAUUUGGAGGUCAGCUACAAGUGCGUGAAAGAGGAAUUUUGCAUUUCGGAAAGUUUCAAACCAAAAUGCUCAGCAAACGAGAUUAUAGUUGUUAGACAGGCUCUCUUUGGCCGCAGACAGAUUGGAAGGUGUUUGAAAAGCGAGGAACCACUGAGUGAAAAUAACUACAUGGAUAAGAAAUUCAUCGGCUGCUAUGCCGAUGUCAGAUCAGUUGUUGAUGCACACUGUUCUGGAAAGCAAAGUUGUGAAGUGAGUGUGGUGAAGCUAGAAGUGGAUAGUCUGUGUCACCGUUAUUUGAUUCGCUACCUGGACGUGGAGUAUGUUUGCUUAAGAGAAGAAUACUGUAAUGACGAACUCUUCCAUCCAAGCUGCUCCCAAAACGAAAUUAUCUACAUUACUUCGGCUUACUACGGCAGAAAAAGUAUGAGUAAAUGUCUCUUAGAUGAAGGAGACCCUGAUGAAAUUUUUCUAAAAACUCCUGGAUUUAUAAACUGUUUUGCUGAUGUUAGGCAUAUUUUAGAGCCAAAAUGUGCAGCCAGGCAGAGUUGCGAAGUGUCGAUUGCUCUGUUGAAAGUUCAAACCACGUGUCUGAAACAGUUGAAACAUUAUCUUGAGGUUCACUACAGAUGCCAGGAAGGUUUCGUGCUUCUCAAUUUUUUAUUUAGAAUAUCUCGAGACGAUUUUGAGACGACCCCUUCAUAUUUGUGUUUAUAUAUCAGGUACAAUUUGUUUAGUUAG